AUGGCUCUCAACCCGCACCAGAAGAACAAGGUGGAUGUUAGCUCACUCUCAGAGGAGGAACAGAAGCUCUUUCGCCUCUACGGCAAACUCCCGAACAAGAAAGACCUCUUCAACAAGAAGCUCACCGAGCGCAAGUACUUCGACUCCGGCGACUAUGCCAUGUCAAAAGCUGGAAAGGCAGACACAAGCUCGCUAGGCACAGGUCUAGGACGCGAGCAUCCAACACCCGAAAACAUUCCCCACCUCUCCCAAGUGCAAAACGCCGGCACCCCCACCGCAGAAGGCGGACCUCGAGGCAGCGUCUCCGGAGGCCCCCAACUCAUGCCAACCGAAUCAAGAGGUCAGAGUGGCAGUCCCGUGAAAGAGGGCUCGAUUCUGCAGCGCGGAAUGAGUGUGGAUGAGCAAGAGACGGAGGACAUUGCGAACGUCGCGGGCGAUACAGAGGCGAAAGGUAUGCCGAUACGGCAGUAG